CCACAGAAGUGGUCCGCCCGCGUCGACACCGCGACCUCCGCCGAGCUCGGCUGCAACACCUCCGGCAUGCCAUGGGGCGUGAUAUUCUCUGGCAGGCAGAGGGCCAGACCUUGCACCUCGAGGAGCACGAGCCCUUGGGAUAUGCUGACCUCUUUGCGUGCGCUCCGCCGGUCCCAGCAGUUCGACCUCGGCGCCCAGAUCGGCCAAAUUCCGAAGGCCACGCAUCAGUCGGUGAAUGCGGGCGGCUCCCGG